AUGUCGUCUCUGAUGGACCUUGUGGCCCAGAAUCAGCCGCACUUUCAAACACACCAGGCACUGCUCGUCAUAGGGUUACAAAACGACUUUGUGUUGCCGGACGGACGUCUGCCCGUGAACGUCAAGAAAGGCUUCUUGGAACGCAUCCAGGCUCUUAUCCCAAAAUUCCGCGAGCUCAACGGCAAUGUCAUCUGGGUGCAAACACUGUAUGAGGCGGACCGCAUUGCAACCGACACAAACACAGGCGAAGGCGAUGCGCUCGUGGUGGGCGGCUUGAUCGACGGGGAUGAGAGCAGUACAGAGGGGGGCGACGAGGACCUCGCGAAAGAUGUGAAAGAUCUACCGCCAGCGCAAUCAAGAUCGUCAAAACACAAACAGCGCGCCCUUGACCUUCUCAAGCGUGUAUCAGCACGCAGGAAAGCCAUCCCACAGGAGGUGGCACGUGCUUCAGCCGAGCAGGAUGACGAAUUGUUCCUGCUCAAGAGCGAGAAGAAGACGCCUGCUUGCAUACCGAAUACCCCUGGUGCAGAGUUUGCGGAUGUCAUUGCAAGGCAAUUCGAGCUGCCCGCAGACAUCGUGAUCAAAACAACAAAUUAUUCUGCUUUUCAAGGCACCUCACUCCUGAUGACCUUGCGAGCGAGGCUUGUCACAGAACUCUACAUAUGCGGGUGCAUUACGAAUGUAUCUGUACUCGCAACAGUCAUCGAUGCAGCACGACACGGUGUCAAGAUCAAUGUUGUGGAAGACUGCCUCGGCUUCCGUAAGCAAGCCCGACAUGACCUGGCGCUGAAGCGCAUGGAGGACUUUUUCGACGCAUAUCUAGUUAAUAGCACGGAAAUACUUGCACGAGAACCACCAGCAACUCCCCCUCAGAAAAAAUCAACAUCACCCAAUGGCUCGAGAACAGGUUCGAAAGGGAGCGAAAAGGCACUUGAGGCCUUGGUUGGCAAGAUGUCAUUGAACGACGAUGGACGGCCAACAUCCCGCGCCUCGAUACGAUCUCCUACCAAACCAACAACUGAACCUACCGAUGAACGGUUUGCGGAGAUGCUGGUGCGGGGUGCGGCAACACCGGGUGCGCAAGAGCCUGGACGGGAAACAGAGAAGAAAGAGACGAACUUAGUGAAGACUAAGAUUCGGAUGCGAUCAAGGCCUAAAAAGAAAAAGAAAGAGAAGGAUGGAGAAGCUUCCAAAGAAAAGUCCGAGACACCAGUCACGGCCACGGAGACGGUUAAACCACCGCCAAUAACAGCUCAAAAGACUUCAUCGAUCGCUAAAGCUGAAAGUGCUGCUAAUUUACGAGACAAAGAGGCCAGGCAACAGGCACUGAAGAGCGCUGCGUCGGUGCCUAUGCUAUCCGCCAAGGCUGGCAAUGAAGAGAAGGAGAAGCACAGGUUAUCAGAUUUGUCGGACCGUGUACGCUUGUCGUUAUCUAGGGCGCCAAAAGCUGACUCAACUUCCGAGUUAAAGAAAGAGGUGCUUUCGACACCUACAAAGGCAGCCUCAGCGCGUUCGAAAGUAGAAGAGCAAGAAGCUAAACAGCCCAGGGAAGCUGAAUCUCAAGUGCCUAUAGUGCCUGAACCAUCGCCACCAACACCCUCUGCCAAAUCGUCCACAAUGGGCAAGACCUCGAAGCUCCAGUCGCUUGCAACCCUACCAGUCCUCGGACCGGGAGACACAAUUGCCGAAGGCGACUCGCGCAUCAUCAACGACUUCUUCCCGGCUCAAUUUCGACAUCCGACAGAUCCGUCGAAGCCGCUCAGGGAUCUUAUCUUCACCCAAUUAUACAACGAGGUGCGAUGGCAGAAGAUGCUACACCAACAAGGUGAGGUUCCGCGGCUUGUUUGCUGCCAAGGCGCAUUUGGAGAAGAUGGUUCGAUGCCAGUGUAUCGCCAUCCCACGGACCAGAUAUUGCCCCUGCUACACUUCUCUCCAAAAGUGCAGGUAAUUAGGAAGCAAGCCGAGAAGCUCGUUGGCCACCCCUUAAACCAUGUUUUGAUCCAGCUGUAUCGCUCAGGCAACGACUACAUCUCAGAACAUUCAGAUAAGACACUAGACAUCGCCAAAGACUCUUCCAUCGUCAAUGUAAGUUUCGGGGCACAGCGAACGAUACGCCUCCGCACCAAGAAGUCCUCUACAAAGUCCGAGGACGAGACCGAAAAUAGCAAUCAACGGGAAACGCAACGCGUUGCCAUGCCGCAUAACUCCAUGUUCGUUCUCGGCCUUAAAAGCAACGAGAAAUGGCUACACGGCAUAAUGGCAGACAAGCGUCUCCAAUGUGAGCGCAUCGAAGCGGAAACAGCCUACGGUGGUAUACGCAUCAGCCUCACAUUUCGCCACAUAGGGACCUUCCUCGACGCAAAAGAAAGCACAAUCUGGGGCCAAGGCGCCACGGCAAAUGAACAGCGCGACGCAGCAGACGUCAUCAACAGCGAUGAAGCAGAAAACGAACGACUCAUCCGCGCGUUCAGCCGCGAAAAUCACAGCAACGAAUUCGAUUGGGACGAGUGGUACGGUGAAGGGUUCGAUGUUCUACACCUCCAGAAACCGUCUGAAGAUCUCCCUAUCUUCUUCGCUUCAAAUGAUAGUAUAGAGAAUCGCCAGUCGCAAAUGUGUCUUUCCGAAUGCAAGAUCAAUUACACUCUAGUGGAAGCGCCGACGCAUGAGGAGGACUACGAGUUCGAUCGCCAAGUCAGCUUCCGGGAUAACGACGCGCACCACACGGAAGUCUACACGGCGUCAAGUAUCCUAUUUUACAUAGACCGCUAUUACCCACUCGAUCGCGAUGAGCGCGGAAAACCUUGCACAGCCGCUGCGUAUCCUAUACUACUUCUCGCCACAGGGCUGCUGAAAGCGUGGCUCAAUCGCCAUAUCCCCGACUCACUAGCGAGCUUCCAGAACUCGCUAGCAAGCCUAGAAGAGCAAAUAUUCAUCGACGGCGGACCUUUUAUCGCGGGUAGGCGGUUCAGUAUUGCGGACUGCGCUGUUUGGCCUAUCAUCGAUGACGUAGUGGAGAAGUGGGAAGGAUGGAACGAAAAGACUUAUCCGGCGCUUAGUCUGUAUUAUAAGACGACGUGGAAGAAGAAGGCUUGCGUAAAGAAGCUAAGGGAUAAGUUACCGGAGAUCAAGAAGACGACAACAGUGUAG